AUGCAUAGGAACGCACUUGGAUACGACGCGUCGCGACCAGCACGCGGACGAGUGCGCGUGGCGCAACCAGAGAGCUCGCUUUUCAAACCGUUCGAGCCACAACGAAACGGCAGACACCAGCAAGCUUGGAAUCAAGUACCACUCGAUGCUCCGUCGCCGGCACAUGAGUAUGAGCACGUGCCAGCGCCGCCAGUCGGUGACGUGCGGCUCUUUGUCAUCUCUGACGGCAAGAAGAGCACUGUACUGUUCACGAACGUUUACUUUGGGGCGUCGACCCUCGUGCGCAACAUCGUGAGCUACGGGAAGAUCGAUGCGAGAAGAUACGCGAUCUCGCAGUUGAACGGGAAAUGCGUCGUGGCGCGUCGCAUUGACGCACUCGCUGUGUUUGACGUGGUGAUCCGGAACAGCGUCCUCGUCGUCAGAACAGUCGGCAUGCUUGCAAAAACGAAAGAGCUAGUCGACGUGAUCAUGGCUGCACUUCAUGAGGAGCUUGCGGCCGACACGUCACUAGUGAUGCAUCAAGGCUCACUGCUUCACGUCCACUAG